GCGCAGUCAGACGUGUGUGUGCGUUUCAGAGCAGAGAGCAGAGAAGCUGUCAAAAAAAAAGCUGGCUGAAAGGCGAUUCUCCAAAUAAUUGCAUCAUAGUUUCCAGAAACGUGAUUUUCGUGAAUCGUGCUUUAAUUUCACACCGAGUCCCAGCGCAGUGUAGAAGAAAAUGUUGAAGGCAGCGAAAUUCGUGACCCGCGCCCUGACGGAGAACCGUUCUCUGUUGCAGAAUGGAGGAAUCCUCGGCAACAGCAUGCAGGCUCGGCUCAAGUCCGACACGGUGAAGGGUGCCGUCAUCGGUAUCGAUCUGGGAACGACCAACUCGUGCGUGGCCGUCAUGGAGGGCAAACAGGCCAAGGUAAUCGAAAAUGCCGAAGGUGCCCGCACAACUCCAUCGCACGUGGCCUUCACCAAGGAUGGCGAACGGCUGGUCGGUAUGCCAGCGAAACGUCAGGCUGUCACAAACUCGGUAAACACCUUCUACGCCACCAAACGAUUGAUCGGCCGUCGCUUCGAGGAUCCGGAAAUCAAGAAGGACAUGAAGAACCUGUCCUACAAGGUGGUGAAGGCUUCCAAUGGUGAUGCCUGGGUUCAGGGCGGUGACGGUAAGGUCUACUCGCCCAGUCAGAUUGGUGCCUUCGUGCUGAUGAAGAUGAAGGAAACGGCCGAAGCCUAUCUGAACACCAACGUUAAGAAUGCCGUCGUUACGGUGCCAGCUUACUUCAACGACUCUCAGCGUCAGGCUACCAAGGACGCUGGACAGAUUGCCGGUCUGAAUGUGUUGCGUGUGAUCAACGAACCAACGGCCGCUGCGCUGGCCUAUGGUAUGGACAAGAGCGAAGAUAAGAUCAUUGCUGUAUACGAUUUGGGAGGUGGUACUUUCGAUAUUUCGAUCCUUGAGAUCCAAAAGGGUGUAUUCGAGGUCAAGUCGACCAAUGGUGACACUAUGCUGGGAGGAGAGGACUUCGAUCACCACAUUGUGAACUACUUGGUUCAGGAAUUCAAGAAAGACCAGGGAGUUGACAUCACCAAGGAUGCCAUGGCCAUGCAGCGUCUGAAGGAAGCCGCUGAAAAGGCCAAGUGCGAGCUGUCUUCGUCCGUGCAGACCGAUAUCAAUCUGCCGUACAUCACCAUGGAUGCCUCUGGACCGAAGCAUUUGAACCUGAAGUUCACUCGUGCCAAGCUGGAACAGUUGGUUGGAGAUUUGAUCAAGCGCACGAUCGGCCCCUGCCAGAAGGCUCUGGCGGAUGCCGAGGUGGCCAAGUCGGACAUCGGCGAGGUUCUGCUGGUCGGUGGUAUGUCCCGUAUGCCAAAGGUUCAGCAAACCGUGCAGGAUAUCUUCGGUCGCCAGCCUUCCCGUGCCGUGAAUCCGGAUGAGGCUGUCGCCGUCGGUGCUGCCGUGCAGGGUGGUGUCCUGGCUGGUGACGUUACCGAUGUGCUGCUGCUGGACGUCACUCCUCUGUCGUUGGGUAUCGAAACCCUUGGCGGUGUGUUCACCCGGUUGAUCACUCGUAAUACCACCAUUCCAACGAAGAAGUCGCAGGUCUUCUCGACGGCCGCCGAUGGUCAGACCCAGGUUGAAAUCAAGUGCCACCAGGGAGAGCGUGAGAUGGCCGCCGACAACAAGAUGCUGGGAUCGUUCACAUUGGUUGGUAUUCCACCGGCACCUCGCGGUGUACCACAGAUUGAGGUCGUGUUCGAUAUCGACGCCAACGGUAUUGUGCAUGUGUCGGCCAGAGACAAGGGAACCGGAAAGGAACAGCAAAUCGUCAUCCAAUCAUCCGGUGGUCUGAGCAAGGACGAAAUCGAAAACAUGGUCAAGAACGCCGAACAGUACGCCGCCACCGACAAGCUGAAGAAGGAACGCAUCGAGGCAAUCAACCAGGCCGAAGGUAUUGUGCACGACACCGAAUCCAAGAUGGAGGAAUUCAAAGAACAGUUGCCCAAGGAUGAGUGCGACAAACUGCGCGAAGAAAUCGCCAAGGUGCGUGAAAUCCUGGUCAACAAGGAUGAAGCCGAUCCAGAGGAAAUCCGCAAGACCGUCAGCACCCUGCAGCAGUCCUCCCUGAAACUGUUCGAGAUGGCUUACAAGAAGAUGGCUUCCGAGCGGGAAAGCAGCGGUAGCAGCUCAAGCAGCAGUAGCAGCAGCAGUAGCGAAGAUAGCGCAGAGAAGAAGGAAAACAAAAACUAAGCGUGUAAGACGUUUCCCAUCUCUCCUUUCCUAACUUCUUCUAAUCAACAAAAUAUCCUGUAAAAUAUAGUUGUAGACUUGAUAGCGUUUAGCAAAAUUUCGCCGGACAUUGGAACAAACCGCAACACUCAACACAACAACAGAACAGCACACAUACAAUUUAUUUAGGAACUAGAGUUACUCUACUAGUUGUGGUAGGAAGAGCUGUCUGUUUGGAAGCCUUUAGCGAGUAAGCCAGUUUUUUUUUCGUGCGUACCAGCCACAAGAGGACAUCUCGGAAAUUGCAUUAGGACACGCGUUCGUACAUACUCCCCCACUUAAAAUAGUCAGCCAUUGCUUCAGAAUCUGUGUUAUCAAUUAUCUUUCGUCCAGUGGGGUUCCAUGUGUUAGUUAUUUUUUAUUGUUUUAUUACAAUUGUUAGUGAGUACAAAAGAUGAGGACGAAACAGAACAUCAAUUCCAAGCAAAACAAAAUAGCUAUCGAAGGUUUGAAUAUCGUCUCCCAGUUGGUUGUUACAUGGGCGAGAAAGAAACGUAGUUAUUUCUGAGCAUCCUUCCGUUUGUGUGUGAGAGUACUCUGGCUUCUCUUUGGCGGCUUGGUAGGUAAGAGAAAUUAUCGAAUAAUGUUGAUCAUUAUGUUUCGACUCUGAAAACCAAAUGAUAACCUAAUAAUUAUAUUGAACGAAUUUACUCGUUUGAAAACAAGAUUAUGAAAAGCUGUUGUAGAUAAAACUGAACUGCUGUGGCAUACCAGUGAAGGAAGACAUCGCUGCUCGAUGGAAAUGAUUUUUACUGCAAUAUGAAUAAGAAUACCAUAAUGUGAACCGUG